AUGAUGGCCGCCUCGGCGAAGCGGUGCCGCGCCUCGAGCAGCGGUGGCGACUACGCACCCGCCGCCCAUACGCGCCACUCACCGCCAAUGAAGUCGCUCCUGCGCUCAGCUCGACGCGACUUUUACCUGUCGAGCGUCUCGCAUCACACGUUAGUGGACAAGUGUCCGGACGAAAGUGUCGCAUUCGAAAUCGAGACCAAGCCGACGGACGAUUUGGACGCAAAAUGCCGAAAAUUAGCAACUUUGAUCGCUAAUUCUCGGCAUUUAGUAGCGUUUACAGGCGCUGGGAUCAGUACAUCCGUGGGCAUUCCUGACUACCGCGGGGAGCACGGAAUCCGUACCAAGCACAUGGAUCAAGGCAGGAAGAAAAAGCGGCAAAAGACGGUUGAAAGAAGCAAGAACAGGAACGUGCACAGCACGAAAGGACAUGGUGAGGCUGCAUUUGAAGCAGAGCGAGGUGACAUACCCGAUUUCAACCUGCUGGUGCCGUCCAGUACCCACAUGGCGUUGCAUGAACUGCAUCGAUUGGGCUUUCUGAAGCACAUUGUGUCUCAGAAUGUUGACAAUUUGCAUUUAAAAAGCGGCGUGCCGCUAACUGCGUUGACGGAAGUGCAUGGGAAUGCGACACAAGCCAAAUGUGAAACAUGUGAGAAGAUUUACGUGCAUGAGUUUCCCUGGACGGGGCUCUGCAUUGAUUCAAAGUGUGUGAGCACGAAGAGGCCAAUGACGCAGCGACUGAGGGCACGAACACGACAUGGCAACGGCAGGUUGAAACGGAACGUGGUGGGAUUUGAUGAACCGCUAGGAGAUAUUGACACGGCUAUUGACGAGUGUGAAGCUGCUGAUGUGGCGCUGGUACUCGGGACGUCGUUGCGCGUGGAACCCUUUUCGGAAAUGGCUGGAGAGUACGCAGGCUCGUUGUGUAUUGUCAAUUUGCAACCGACUAUGCCAAAACUGGAUCGCCGAGCUGAGGAAACAGGGGUGCGGUUGUUUGAAGAGACGGAUGUGGUGAUGGAGAAGACGAUGCAGUUUUUGAUGAAUGACCCCACGUACCGCAUUCCAAAGUGGACUGGUGAGCACCCGACUUGUGUGUUUGCUCCAGAACAUGAGAGUUCGAAUCUCGUCAACGUUCUUGCUGGUCGCGUUCUCUCCUGA